ACCUCACCAGGGCCGGGAGGAAGGGAGGACAUUGACGUGAUCUGAUGACGCUCGCCUCGCGGCGGCGAACAGUAAUGAUGUAGUUCAGGGCCAUCCCGACCCACCAGCGACCCAUUUCCGAGCUGCACCAGAGCAUGAGGAUCUUAUGGAGGCCAUUUGGAUUAAGAAGACUUCUCAAAGUGGAAAGCUGUAGACUAACUGAAUCAGAAUCAUUGAUUCCACUAGCUUGGACAUCACUGAUACAGAAACUUAGCAGAGCACCUGGUAUUUUCUCGUUGGAUCAAAGAAAAAGAUUUUCAACUAUGCCUGAAAUAGAAACAAGUCAGAGAAACUCUGAAUUGUUUUCACCACCCUCUGAUGUUCGAGGAAUGACAAAACUUGAUAGAAACGCUUUUAAAAAGACAGUCACCAUCCCAGUGCUUAAAGUGAGGAAAGAAAUUGUUAGUAAAUUGAUGCGAUCCCUUAAAAGGGCAGCACUGCAGCGCCCAGGCAUAAAACGUGUGAUUGAAGAUCCAGAAGAUGAAGAAAGUAGACUAAUUAUGUUGGAUCCCAAUAAAAUGUUUACUGAGGAUUCCUUUGAGAAAACAGAACUCAGUAUUUUAAAGCAGCUUAAUGUCAAUCCACAGAUAUCUAAAUAUAAUUUGGAACUAACUUAUGAAAACUUUAAGUCAGAAGAAAUCUUGAGAGCUGUGCUUCCUGAAGGUCAAGAUGUGACUUCAGGGUUUAGCAGAGUGGGACAUAUUGCCCACCUGAAUCUUCGAGAUCACCAACUACCUUUUAAGCAUUUAAUUGGUCAAGUUAUGAUUGACAAGAAUCCAGGAAUCACCUCAGCAGUAAAUAAAAUCAAUAAUAUUGAUAAUACAUACCGAAAUUUCCAAAUGGAAGUACUAUCUGGAGAGGAGAACAUGAUGACCAAGGUUCGAGAAAACAACUACACCUAUGAAUUUGAUUUUUCAAAAGUCUACUGGAAUCCUCGUCUCUCUACAGAACAUAGCCGUAUCACAGAACUUCUCAAACCUGGGGAUGUCCUAUUUGAUGUUUUUGCUGGGGUUGGGCCCUUUGCCAUUCCCAUAGCAAAGAAAAACUGCACUGUAUUUGCCAAUGAUCUCAAUCCUGAAUCCCAUAAAUGGCUACUGCACAACUGUAAGUUAAAUAAAGUGGACCAAAAGGUAAAAGUCUUUAACUUGGAUGGGAAAGACUUCAUCCAAGGACCAGUCAGAGAAGAGUUAAUGCAACAGCUGGGACCACUGUCAAAAGAAAGAAAACACUCUGUGCACAUUGUCAUGAACUUGCCAGCGAAGGCUAUUGAGUUUCUUGAUGCUUUCAAAUCACUUUUAGAUGGGCAGCCAUGCAGCAGUGAGCUCCUCCCCAUGGUGCACUGUUACAGCUUUUCCAAAGAUGCUAACCCUGCUAAGGAUGUUCAACAACAAGCUGAAGCUGCAUUAGGCCUUUCCUUGGAUGCAUGCAGUUCAGUUCACCUAGUAAGAAAUGUUGCCCCUAACAAGGAAAUGUUAUGCAUCACCUUUAGGAUACCUGCUGCUAUACUCUACAAGAACCAGACCCUAAAUCUAGAGAAUCAUGAAGAUCCACCUCUCAAACGGCAGAGGACAGAUAAAGCCUUUUCAGAAGAAAAAAUACAGAUUGCUUAAAUCACUUAACUGGAAAUGUCUUCUCCAUCUCCCCAUUAUAUCAUUAUGUAGUGAAAUAUGAUUUUUAUGAUUUCAUAAAAUCUUAGCAGUUACUGUAGUAUUGAACUGUUAUAUUUUACCCUUGCUGUCUUAUAAACUGAGGAUUAUCAAAUUAAAAUUUAAAUGAAAUAA